UAGAUAUCUUAAAUUGUAAUUACGGAUCUGUGACCCGUCAAAUGACGAAUCUGGUGACGUCAUUUGAGAUAUCUUGAAAGGAAUUUUGACUCGUCAAAAUGUAAUUGAAGAUAUCUUGAAUUAUUAUUCUUACUAGUCAGAAUGUAAUUGCGGAUAUCUUAAAUUACCAUUCUGGAUAGUCAAAAUGCAGUUUUAGAUAUCUGAAAUGUAAUUACGGAUAGUCAGACAAACGGAUUUUAUGUUAAAACGGCCUGCCAUAGGGCAAUAAACACCGCCUGUACAACAGGCGACGACUGGCGUAACCAGCUUUUAAUGGAGUGCACCCACCCACAGCCGAUUGGCUCAUCCUAUGUGACGUAAACGGAUGUAAAGAAAAUACACAUGGGCCGCCGUAAUAGGAGUAGCUGAUGUUGAAAAAUCCUACCAAUUUCUGCACAAAGCUGGACUGACAGAGGCACUAAGCAUGGCAGCGCAGGAACAAGCUCUAAGCACAGUAUUGAUCAAUAGAGGCUGGGGUCUACCACACCAGGCAAGACCCCAGGUGCAGGCUGUGCAGAGAUGCCCCUGAGACAAUCCAGCACAUAACAGCAGGGUGCAAGAUGCUAGCAGGCAGGACAUACAUGGAACACCAUAACCAAGUGGCCGGUAAAGUAUAGAGGAUAGUGACGUGCGAUGAGGUUUGUGACGGUGAGGCACUGACUCGUCUGGAGUCAAAUGUUCACAUAUACGAACCCGAAAUAGAAGCUUAUAUUUGUUUUAAUAUGCUUUAAUCAACUCCAUACUGUUCCACAAUGAUGGCAAGAAAAAAAUAUUUAAUGUAAGGUCAAACUAUUUGGGGGGUCUCUUUUUAAAUAAAUUUUUUUUAAAAAUCAUGUAUUAUCUUACCUUUAUUUGAAGAUGAAGUCCGUGCGUCUAGAGGAACAUCUGUGCUGUGUGUGGCCUGAAAGUCCCAAGGUUUUUUUUUUUUUCCCAGUUUUUGGCUUUCAGGAAAUUGGAAAUCUGAGACAAAGCAUGUAGGCCCAACUUCAUCUUCUCUGAAGCUAAUUUGUUUUCUGAAGUCAUCACAAUUCACUUCAAGAAAAAAAGCAAGUAUGAGGAUUUCCACAAGUCACCUGCAGCAGCUCACCAUCUUUACCACUAUACUGACCGGUGGAGGGAUUGGCACGAUGUACUGUCUGCUGCAGAAGAAAUUUGCUGAGUCAGACUACCACAGACUGGCUUUGCAGGAGUUGGAAGCAUGUCCACUUGCCAUGGAAAGCCUGGGGGCCCCACCUUUAAAAGUCCACAACAUCCAUCUGACUGACAGAUACAACCGUGUAGAUCAGCACACCGCACAGAUAAAGAUCCCUGUGACAGGAUCUAAAACUGGAGGCAUUCUGUACACGUCUUCACUGAUAGACCCCAAAACAAACAGGUGGAAUCUGAAGCAGGCAGUCCUAAACCUCUGGGAAGGACAAACAAUUGACCUGCUUAAUCCUCCAUCAGCACAAACCCAUGCAGCAGGGCACACAGCUUUAUGAUCAAAUGUGAACUAUGGAAGUAGAAGCAGGUGCUGAAGAUAAUAUGAACUAAAUCUAUAUUUAUUCCACAUUUAUUGCAUGAUCAUCUUUUUUGGGGAGACAUCAGGAAGCAAAGCUCUGUGAGUGUCAAGAACUGCUAUAGACUGUUGUUUGUUUUGAUUACAAAGCAACUGUUGUUUUGAGCUAUGCACUCAUUGCUACAUUGUUUGUUUUAGUGAAUCCCCUUCCACAAAUCAUGGCAAUUUAAAAAAAAUAUGAUGUGCCACAACCCCUAACAUUGAAGGCCAGGUCAAGAAAAAAAGUGUUGAACAUUUAUUAGUUUCUAAUAAUCCUUUAUUUUUUCACACAGACUUGAAGAGAGAGAGAGAGAGAGUGCGUGUGUGUGCGUGUGCGUGUGCGUGUGCGUGUGCGUGCGUGUGUGUGUGCGUGUGUGUGUGCGUGUGUGUCUGUGUGCAGGGGAAAUAAUAAUUCACAAACCAGAACAUAAACCUGUGGUUUAACUUCCUGCUUCCUGUGCAUCUGUAGAGAAAACACACUUCGGUACAAAGAGGGCAUGUUUGUGACCCACUGGUGUCCGUGGUUACCUCUCUUCAGUUUUUCCCCUUGUUAUGUUUGUUACACUCAGUCUCUAAAACAUUCCAAAACAUUAGCAUAUAUGUACAUGUAUGAGCCGCACCCCAGGGCUGUUGCUCAGGAGGUAGAGCAGGUCAUCUACCAAUCAGAAGGUUGGGGGUUUGAUUCCUGGCUGCUCCAGUCUGCAUACCAAAGUAUCCUUGGGCAAGAUACUGAAACCUAAGUUGUUCUCUGAUGCAAGCGUCAGAGUAUGAAUGUUAGAUAGUAAUGAAGGACGUAGACAAAAAUAAGACUGCAUAGUAGAGAGGCAGGGAAAUCAUAUGAUAGAUGACUUACUGGAAAAGGAUGUGUGUUUUGGUCUGAUGUUUUGUGUCUACAGGACCCAGACAAGGCCGUUAACUGGCAACAGUGGAGGGCACAGAAGAAGGAACUGAUAAGCAGGCUACAUGUCCCCCGUCGUACAAGGCAACAUCUUGCAUAUUUCAAUAACUGUGUCUAAGUCUGUGUAUAAAAGUUGGACUAAGAUAGAGAGUGGUGUCAGACUUGUGUGAAGCUGCACUGACUGACUGUAUUAGGCAGCUUUGACAAUUCUGAACCAGAGUACUCUGUAAUACUUCGUGUCACGUGUGUGUGUCUAUUAAACAUCUCCUUGAUUGUGA